AUGCCGACUGGAAACCAAGCAGUUUGUGGCUGCCGCGUCACGGUGAAUGUGGAUAGGGAAAGGAUCACUAGUGCUGCUUUGGGUUCCGCGACAAGCUUUCCUGUGCCUUGGUUUCUGCGUUGGUAUGCACAGGGAGGAAAGAGGAAGCCUCUGAAGCAGCCGAAGAAGACGAGCUGCGAAGAUGAGAACGACACAGAGUUCAAGAAGAAGCAGAGCCAACAGGCGAGGGAGGAGGAAGCCGCUCGGAAAGCUCUUUUAGCAAAGGCCGCCGCAAAGAAGAAAUGA